UAGAAUUUUCUCAUGUUUCAACUUUCAUUGUUUGCACGUUUGUCCAGUUUGAGGGGUUUUGAUCCCGGGUUGUUUUGAUAUUUUGAUAUUUACAAUAUGCCAUCAAAUGCUACAAAAAGGUUGUAUAUUCAAAAUCCAGAACCCAUAACCGAGCCCGUUCAGACCUCCACUAUUGUCAUCAUUCACCCAGGUUCUUUGAACCUGCGGAUUGGUCGAGCCUCCGACCCCCUGCCAGUGACCAUCCCCCAGUGUAUAGCCAGGAAGAGAAUCUCACAGACCAGGACCUCCGGCUCCCUCAUACUCAGACCGGAAUGUGUUCAUUCCGAGGCCAAGCCGCAGUUCAAGGUUGGACUAAACAGGCAGAGGAGGCUGUGGGGGCCAGACCGAUGUCUACAGGAGAAUACAGACAGACCUCAUCAGUUAAACAGUUAUAUAAUUAUAACCAUGGAGUCAAAGGUCAAAGGACGGAGGUCAUAUGUCAACAGAUGUGGACAAGGACUGAAAGUCAGCCUUCCUUCAUUGUGGGUCAAGAGGCCAUGUAUGUGAACCCAGCACACAAUUACAAUCUACACUGGCCAAUGCGGCGGGGGAGGCUAAACAUUCAUGAUGGUCCAGGAGGCACCCUGACAGCCGUACUGGCAGAUAUAGAGGCCAUCUGGGCCACAGCCCUACAGAAACACUUAGAUAUACCACUCAAAGACCUCAAGAUGUAUAAGGCCAUGCUGUUAAUUCCUGACGUAUUCAGUCACAGACACACUAAGCACUUGAUGACCCUGUUGUUGGACAGACUGGGGUUUGGCAGGGCCAUCUCCACCAG